AUGACAACCUCCGGAAGCCCCAAAGUUCCAGGGACUAUUGCCAAGACCAAUCCAAAGAGCCAGGUACAAUGUGGAGCUUGUGACGGGGUUGGUCACACCAAGCGAUGGGCGAAGUGUCCAUUCAAACUUCAAAAUUUGACACCAACCCAUGAUCGGAAUCAACGGGUUCAAAUUCUACCUCCACCAAGCCUACCAGACGACGCUAAUGUUGUACACUUUGUCCAUGACAUUGAAUCAACCGGAUUGGACAAAACUAAUGAUGAAAUCAUUGAGCUUAGUGGCACUACAUUGGAUAAGUAUGGAGAUGAAAUUCCCGGGACUCCAUUUUUUGAGUCACUGAUCAAACCAAGACGUGGUGUUGGCAGCUCUGUUGAGAUCCAGAUGUUGAAAGAUGCAAAGGACUUCAAUACUGUUGAUAAAGAGUUGAUGACCUGGAUCAAAGGGAAAAUUUGCAAUGACCCUUGCAAAAAAGUUUGUUUAGUUGCAUACAAUAUGACAACCCAUUUCUGCUGA